AUUCAUGUUAUAUAUGUGGGCAAAUACCUCUCUACCUUACCACUACUAUACUUUCAACUCUCACUACUAUAUCUCUCUUUCUUUCUUCAUCUUUGCUUCUCAAUGGAGCUAGUAGACAUUAUAAUGCUCUUUUUUGCCCUCGCCUUCCUCCGUUGGUGGUGGCGCCGCUGGUCCAAAACCGGUGGCGGUGCCAAAAACCUCCCACCUGGACCACCGGGAUGGCCAAUCGUUGGCAACCUUUUUCAAGUAAUCCUCCAACGUCGUCCUUUCAUUUACGUCGUUCGCGAUUUACGUGAAAAAUACGGCCCAAUCUUCACAAUGCAAAUGGGCCAGCGCACUUUGAUAAUCGUGACAAGCUCUAACCUUAUCCACGAAGCCCUAAUCCAACGAGGCCCGCAGUUCGCAAGUAGGCCCAAAGACUCACCCAUCCGCCUUAUCUUCAGCAUGGGAAAGUGUGCCAUCAAUUCCGCUGAAUACGGCCCACUCUGGCGCUCCCUCCGUCGUAACCUCGUCACCGAAAUGAUAUCACCACUUAGAGUAAAACAAUGCAGUUGGAUUCGUAAAUGGGCCAUGGAGGCCCAUAUGAAAAGGAUCCAACAGGAGGCCCACAAAAACGGCUUCGUCGAAAUAAUGAGUAACUGCAGACUCACCAUUUGUAGCAUCCUCAUAUGUCUCUGUUUCGGCGCGAAAAUAACGGAGGAAAGAAUCAGAAAAAUUGAAAGCGUUCUAAAAGACGUUAUGCUCAUUACACUUCCAAAGCUUCCAGACUUUUUACCCGUUUUAACGCCGUUAUUCCGUGGGCACGUGAAGGAAGCGAGGAAACUGAGAAAGAUACAGGUGGAGCUUUUAGCGCCGUUGAUUAGGAAACGGAAAGCUUACGUGGAAAGCGACGGAAAAUGUGGAGAUCCGGAAAUGGUGAGUCCGGUAGGUGCUGCUUACGUGGACUCGUUGUUUGCGUUGGAAGUUCCGGGAAGAGGAAAAUUAGGAGAAGAAGAGUUAGUUACACUUGUGUCGGAGAUUAUGAGUGCCGGUACUGACACGAGCGCUACGGCGGUGGAAUGGGCGUUGCUUCAUUUAGUGAUGGAUCAAGAGAUUCAAGAGAGGUUAUAUAGAGAAAUUGUUGAUUGCGUUGGGAAAUGCGGUGUUAUUUUGGAGAGCGAUGUUGAAAAGAUGCAUUACCUCGGUGCUAUUGUGAAGGAAACUUUCCGGCGUCAUCCACCGAGUCAUUUUGUGCUUUCGCACGCGGCUACGGAGGAGACGGAACUUGGUGGUUACACUGUUCCCGCGGAUGCGAGUGUUGAGUUUUACACAGCUUGGUUGACUGAAGAUCCGAAUAUGUGGGAGGAUCCGAAUGAGUUUCGACCGGAGAGGUUUUUGAAUGGGGAUGGAGUUGAUGUGGAUGUGACGGGAACUAAGGAGGUGAAGAUGAUGCCGUUUGGUGUUGGAAGGAGGAUUUGUCCGGCUUGGACUUUGGGGAUUUUACAUAUAAACAUGUUGUUGGCUAAAAUGGUGCUUGCUUUUAGGUGGUUACCGGUUCCGAAUUCCCCACCCGACCCGACUGAGACUUUUGCUUUCACUGUUGUUAUGAAGAACCCUCUCAAGGCUGUUAUUGUUCCUAGAUCCAUUUAAGUUACUCUUACUAUUACUUCAUUGUUUGCAUUAUCUCUUGCAAACCUUAAUGCCAUGAGUAAUCACUUAAUUUACUAAAUUAAUUAAUAUUUAGUGCUUCAUAAGAAUAGUAACUUGGCAGAAUACACGGUGGCUUGCUCCAUUGCUAGUGUGUGUUAUUGGUAUACUACUGUUACAUUAGUAAUUUUCAUGUAAGAAAUUCAUAUAUGUGGUCUCUCGGUUUAUAAAGGUCAAAUUUUCUUUUAUAUAGACUUA